GUUAAAAAGUAAAGUAGAUAUGAAAACAUUGUGAAAUAAAUAAUAAAAAAAAUAAAAGUUUUUAAGUAUCAUAUCGUGCCGGUAUUGAAUGAAUAUAGCAAAUGAAUGUGGAUUGAUUCUAAAAAACAUAGAACAAAAUUCUUAAGAAAAAGCUAUUACAGGAGAAACAGAGCCAAAAGUCACCCCACCAUCAUCAUCGAACAACGAAUCCUUUGAUGAUGCCGAUUUCGAAAAUUUCUGACAAAAUUGAUCAGUAUGAAGCUAUUGUGCAACUGUCUCACUAUGAGCUAUAAUAGAGAUAUUUUAAGAAACACUCUCAGUAGUUCAGUUCACACCGUCAAAUCAUCACAAUAAUAAAAUCAUGAAAGCGUUAAGUUGGUGCUGUAAUCGAAAUAAAUUUCAAAUCUCGCAAGACCAGACGAGUUCAAGAGAAAAAUCAUUUCAAGUACUUUAUUGCACACUCGCGAAUCUAUCAAUAAUUUCAUCUGGAAUGGGCCUCGGAUAUCCAGCAAUCACUUCACAAUUGCUGCUGAAAGAUUCUCAAUUACAAUUAUCAGAAUCUCAAGUGUCAUGGUUUGCUUCAAUUACAGCAAUUACAUGUCCAUUGGGUGGACUCUUGUCAGGUUACUUGUCAGAUUCAAUCGGUAGAAAGAAAACAUUAAUUCUGAUCGACAUAAUUGCAAUAAUAUCAUGGAUUAUUAUCGGAUUCUCGAAUCGAGAUAAUGUCAAUGUACUUUUCAUUCAAUUAAUGAUUUCGAGAACUAUCAUCGGUGUAAUUAUAGGAAUGACCACAACACCCGCUGUUAUGUAUACGUCAGAAGUUUGUGAUCCGAAUAUUAGAGGUCGUUUGACGAUGUUAUCCUCGCCAUUUUUCACGGCAUUUGGAAUGCUGCUCAUUUAUUUGCUUGGAUAUUUGAUACCGAAUGAUUAUCGCAUGGUUAGUCAUUUCGCUGCUGGUAUCACACUAAUUACGCUCUUUAUUUGCUUUUUCAUACCGGAAUCGCCCGUUUAUUUGAUCAAUAUUGAUCAAACUGAACAGGCGAGAAAAUCUUUAUCAGUUUUAAAAAGACUACGUAGAAACCACCCAGACAUUGAUGAGGAGAUUCAAAUCAUGAUCUCAAACCGAAACAAUUCUCGAAGCAAUUCAACAACAGGAAUGUCGUGGCAAGAGUUUAAAAAGCCACAAUUCUACAAGCCAUUCAUCAUAAUGAUUUUGUUCUUCACAAUCCAACAAUUUUCCGGAAUUUUCACAAUAUUUAUUUAUGCUGCACAAUUUUCAAUUGAGGCUGGCGUUUCAAUAGAUGAAUUUCUGUGUACAGUCAUAAUUGGACUCAUCCGUUGCUGUACAGUCAUUAUUGUUUCAUUUGCAUCAGAUAUGUAUGGCAGAAAACCAAUAGCCGCAAUAUCGACAAUUGGAAUGAGCUUGACUAUGUUCGGUCUCGUCAUCUGUUCAAUAUUCAGCUUAGAAUUGAAACAAUCAACAAUUUUCUGGUUACCGACUGUAUUUCUAUUCCUCUUUAUAUUCUCCGGAACAUUUGGUGUAUUAACAUUACCAUUUGCUAUGAUAGCUGAGGUAUACCCACAAAAUACGAGAGGUCUUGCUGUCGGUCUCACAAUUUUUUAUGCUUAUGCGAUGAGCUUUAUUAAUGUGAAAACAUUCGCAACCAUUUUUUCAAUAUUAGGAAGUGCGAUAGUGUUUUCAUUUUAUGGUGUCGUAUCAUUGCUCGGAAUUGCUUUUGCUGUUAUGAUUCUACCUGAAACUAAAGGAAAAACUUUACAUGAAAUCGAAUGCUAUUUUAUGCUUUACAGGGUUAGGAAAAAGUCUGAAAAGCCUCAACCACCACAACCUAAUCAUUGGGUUACGAAUGGACCUUUAGGCUCAAAAGAUUCUCUUCUUAUAUUUCGUACAAGUGUACUGGCAGCAGCUGCAAACACAACAACAAGUACAUUUGAUCAUCCGGAUUUGUAUUCAGAGACACCGUCAGCGUCUUCAACAUGUACAGAAUUAUCGAAACUUGGGGCUGAAAAAUCAUACGUGACUGCCAUGUCACUGCCACAAAAUCUCAAUGGGGAACGACGUAUUGACAAUGAGACUUUUAACUUUAACGAGAAAAAGACGAAGAAAAGAUCACUCGAGUCAUCGUCGUCGACAUCGUCUUCAUCAUCAUUAAGCAGUGGCUCUGUUGCUGAAAGCAGCGUCAAUGUUGAAACAAAAGAUAUUGAUGAAAAUAAAGAAAAUAUUGUGCUUCAACCGCUUGAUAAAGAUGAAAUGCCAGCUGCAUUGUUAAAUAUUUCAUUCAAGUUCCUAAAUACUGAGACUAGACUCCUUAGGAAAAUCCUUCUUGGACAUGGCCUUACUGAGGCUCAUCAUGAUGCUAAUGAUUUUAAUUUGUUAUGGACCGGCAAUCAAUUGAAACCCGACAUGUUACGUAGCUUAUCGUCAUAUCAGAGAAUCAAUCAUUUUCCACGAUCUAGCGAACUAACACGCAAGGAUAGAUUAUAUAAAAAUAUUGAACGCAUGCAACAUUUUCGUGGUUUUAAACAUUUUGACAUUGUUCCACAAACAUUUCUUCUGCCAGCUGAUUACAAAGAGCUGGUAUUUGCACACAAUAAAAAUAAAGGACCUUGGAUUGUGAAGCCCGUCGCAUCGAGUAGAGGACGUGGUAUAUUUUUAGCGAAAACACCUGAUGAAAUUCAGUCGCAUAUUUCGAGCGAGGAGCAAGUCGUUGUUGCACGUUACAUAGCUGAUCCAUUGUGCAUCGAUGGACAUAAAUGCGAUAUAAGAAUUUAUGUUGCCGUCACAAGCUUUGAUCCAUUAAUCAUUUAUGUGUAUGAGGAAGGUCUUGUACGAAUUGCAACAGUUCGUUAUGAUAAUAAUGCUGAUAAUUUAUGGAAUCCAUGCAUGCAUUUAUGCAAUUAUUCAAUCAAUAAAUAUCACACCGAUUAUAUUAAAUCGAGUAAUGUGAGUGAUGAGGAUGUUGGACAUAAAUGGACAUUUAGUGCAUUAUUAAGACAUUUGAGGAAUCAAGGAUGUAAUACAGAACAGCUUAUGCUUAACAUAGAGGAUAUUAUAAUUAAAGCAAUUUUUGCCUGUACACAGCCAAUUGUUAGUGCCUGCCGCAUGUUUGUUAAUCACGUUAAUAAUUGUUUUGAAUUAUUUGGUUUCGAUAUACUCAUUGAUGAUACUUUAAAGCCAUGGUUGAUAGAAGUAAAUUUAAGUCCAAGUCUCGGAUGUGAUUCACCACUCGACACAAAAGUUAAAGCUAGUCUUCUCUCAGAUUUGUUGACAUUAGUUGGAAUUCCGGCAAUCAGUCCACUGAUGAAAGCGUCAAUGGACAAUAAAGGAGUUAAAAUUCGCUCAUUAUCGAGUAGUCGUCGUGUCAAUUCAGCUGAUUUUGUUCAUAAUUUACAACAAGGAAAGAAACCAGUAUUAUCAUCCUUAACUGCCGAAGAAAUAAAAAUUGUAAAAGCAGCAAAAGGACAAAUGGAAAGACGUGGUGGAUUCGUGAGAAUUUUUCCAGCUGUUGAUAGCAUGCAAAAGUAUGGAAUGUUUAUGGAUCCCGUGACUGGAAUUCCAACUGCUGCUUCUACAACAUGUGGUACUAGCUCAUACCUUAUGAUCAUACCUCACAAUUAUAAUCAAAUGUUAUUCACACAAUUAUUUGGAACUGGAAGUGAUAAUUUAGGUGAUUCAAUAUUAGAUCGUAUUCAACGUUAUGAAAGGACAUUGGAUCGUUCAUUGCCGAUUAUUAUUGGACCGAAAAGUUCAAGUUCUAAGCAUCAGGAUGAAACGAAACGUGUUAAAAUGCAAAUAAGGAAGCUUAUUGAAAGUGGCGAUGAGUUUUCGACACUUCAGGCUAGAAGAGCAUUCUCGUUAUAUCUAGAACAUGUACUUAAGCGCUUAUCUGUCGAUGGAAAGCAUAGCCAUGAAGAAUAUGUUAUGAAGUUCCUUCAUAGAAUCGCAAUUUAUAUGCGACAGCCAUUCUUUAUUCGUAAUGUGACUAGCAAUCGGAUUUUAACAAAGGAAAAAGGAGCAAUGGCUGCAAAACUUCUUGGUGAUUAUUUACAUUUGUAUAAUAAGGAUACGGAAGCAUUUGCUGACUCUUUUGAUCGUAUUGGAAUGAUUCCUACAAAGUUAUUUGAUGAAUUUUUAUCGCAUGCUCAGGAACUAGAUAUUGAAUCGGUUUUAACGCUACACACAAAUAUUACGCAGACAAUGCCAUUUUUGUAUAAUAAUUAUAGUCCAGGCAUACCAGCAGCACCACCAAUUCCAGUCGGUCCACAUGGAUUCUUAAAAGCUUUGCCAUGUAUGGCACCAGGAUCGCAUGUUCGUGAAUUCUGGCGAAAUGAUGGAUCAAAAGGUGACAGCAAGCAGACAAAGGUUCACAACAAGAAGGUCGAAAAGCCUGGUAAGAUAUCACCAACUAAGAAAAAGAUAUCAUAUAGCACAAGCAAGUUGAAGGAUCGUGAUAGAUCCAGUUGGCUUUACAAUUGAAUCACAAAUUAUGCGCAAUUUUAGGAAUGCAAAAAUAAUGAUAAAAAAAUAUUGUUUUUAUCAAUCAAUUUCAGUUGUUUAUUAGUAUAUCGUGCUUAGAAUGUUUUCUUUAUGAUUUUGUAUAUUAAUCGCCUUUGUCAAAUAAGGGCCAUAAAGAAGUUUUUUGAAUGUGAUACAAGAAACAUAGCAAGAAACGUUUAAGAAAAGUUAUAGAAACCAAAAAAAAAAAUUAAUGAAUUUUUUAAAAAAGAGAAGCUUUUAAAAUCAUAAAC